AUUUGCUCGUGCCAAUAUAUAUUUAUAUUAAUAUUAAUCUUUGGAACACGGCAGAUAUCGUCACCUGAUACCAGAAGUCCCGAACUCAAGCCUGCUGUAUCUCUAGAACUAGAAAAAAUCAUCAAGACGAUCAGUGCACCUAAAAAAGGACUAUUGACCUGUGACGAAUCACCUGAGAAUCUAGAACAAAGGUUUCAGGAAAUCGGAGUAGAUAAUACCGAAUCUACGAGACGUGCUUAUCGAGAAAUGUUAUUAUCGGCGGACAAGUCUCAAUUCUCGCAAUACAUAAGCGGCGUGAUUCUGCAUCGUGAAACGAUUCAUCAGAGAACGUCGGAAGAUGUGGAAUUUGUCGAAUUCCUGCGUCAAAGAAAUAUCAUAGCCGGCGUGAAAGUUGAUCGAGGUUUGGUGCCUCUUUUUGGUACAGAGGAUGAGAAGACUACGCAAGGUUUGGAUAACUUACAGGAGAAAUGUGCUCGAUACAAAGAAAAAGGCUGUCACUUUGCCAAGUGGAGAUGUGUUUUUUCGAUUUCGGAACGAUGCCCCAGUCAACUAGCGAUGAUUACCAAUGCAAAUGUUCUUGCGAGAUUUGCCAGCAUCUGCCAAAGCGCGCGCAUGGUUCCCAUAGUAGAACCAGAAAUAUUGAGCAAUGGCGAAUACGAUAUAGAUCGGGCUUUGCAAGUUCAUCAAGAAAUGCUGUCCAUCCUGUUUCGUACUUUGGAAAAAUAUCACGUGUACCUUGAGGGAAUGGUUUUAAAGCCAGCGAUGGUACUAUCGGGUAUAAAAAAUGCAAUAAAAUACACGCCGCAGAUUGUCGCCGAGUAUACGCUGAAAGCAUUACGAAGAACAGUACCCACGGCAGUUCCAGCAAUUUUUUUUCUAAACGGCGGUCAAACUGACGAAGAAGCGGUGUUAAAUCUGAACGCUAUCAAUGCAUGUAAUAAUAAAAAACCAUGGAGGCUCAGUUUUUGUUACGGACGUGCUCUACAGAAUACGGCGAUGAAAAUUUGGAAAAACAAUCCAGAAAACGUGGAUAAGGCUCAAGCAAUAUUUCUUAAAAGAGCGCAAUUAUGCUCAGAAGCAUCUUUGGGAAAGUUACGGAUUGAAGAGAGCAAAAUGAUGUGUAUUUGAUCGUGAAUUAAACAGAUACAUAUUUAGUUUUCCCUUUUUGUAUGUAUUUACAGCAUUCAUAAAAUUUUACAAUCAAAAAUUUUGAUAUA